AUGAGAAAUUAUUAUUUUAUUUUUGACAAUUUUUUAAAUAGCUAUCCUUUAAAAUUAAUUUGCAACAAAUUUCGUUAUGACAAGUUUUCAAAAACAUUAAUCAAAAAUGUAAUAAAAACUGGGACAUUUUUCAGGACAAUGCUACCAGUAUUUAUUCCCCUAUCUAUAUAUCAAUAUAUAAGACAAGUUGAUAUAGAUCGAUAUACAGAAGAAAUAUUUUAUGAAUACUCAAAAAGUGACCAUUUAAAAAGCUUUUAUGAUUCAUCGACCAAGUAUAAAAAUAUAAAAAACUGGAGGAUACAACAUGACUUAUAUUUAAUUGAUCAAGCUGUUAAUUCAUAG